AUGAUAUUUUCCAAUAUUCUUUCAAUCUUCACUUUGGCCAGUCUGGCCCUUUCGUCUCCAACAGUUGAAAAAGGUUCAGACGUAAUUCCAUCCGGAGCAUUCCCACCUUCAUCCUCCUCGGUAUCAAGCUCGCUUAAGACGCCAACCCCAGUCUCGUCAGUCAACAGUCGCCUCGGUCGUGCUAUUAUCGUCAAUCAUUGCCGCACGCCGAUCUUUGUGUGGUCAGUAGGCUCGCUUGUCCGACCAGUGGAGCUUGUUUGGCCUGGCGGCCGUUUUUAUGAGAAGUUUCGUCACGACACUAUUACCGGCGGUAUUGCCUUGAAAAUUAGCACCUCGAGAGACGGUCUCUAUAAAAGUGCACCGCAAACCAUCUUUGCUUACAACCUCAAUGAACAGGAGGUUUGGUACGACCUGUCAGAUGUAUUUGGAGACCCAUUCACCGGACAUCCGGUUGUACUAAGCCCAUCGGAGCCGCAAAUUGCGUGGGCAAGUGGAGUUCCACCUUCCGGGAGCCAGGUUCGUGUGCAGGCGGCGUCGACAGAUUUGGUCUUGACUUUAUGUUAA